CCUACACUCCGAGUCUCCGACACAAUUGCUCAAGAAUCCCAAGCAGGAGACUCACCUAUUAUUACCUUGCAGUUCGAACAGAAAUCAUGUGCUUUACCAUCGACUUUAUGCUUGCCGAUCGGUCAUUCAGAUGCGCAUCCACCCGACGGGACAAUCCCUCGGAAUGGGCCCGGACGAUGAAACCCACUGUAACCGUCAAUAAGUAGAGAGCUACCCAGACUACUUCCUUUGCCGAAAAGUCGCUUCUCUGGCGGGGUCUCUUCGAUCUACAUAUAUAUCCGACUCCAUUUCCCUCUCUAGAUAGAAUGUUGUUCCGUCAUUAAGAAGCACUCGCGGUAUAGCUCAGGAUUUUGGGGCAGUCAAUCUUGCAAUCCACAUACAUCACUAUGGCGACCAGCUCAGAUAACGAAGUGAGAUACUCGCCUGUCCGCGAGGCAGGUCGCAUCUUCAGCCACCUCUGCAACCAAACCGAACGUCUCAGCCUGCCUACGGAAGUAGCGGAGCGCAGAGAUGCGGUGUCUUUCACAUCCGGCUAUGAUCAGAUCUAUUACCCCAUUCCGUUCAAGGAGACCGAGACGUUGGCUGCAUUGAAGGGUGUGGAGGGCGCAGUGGCAGGCGCAAUUGCCGAUCUGCGAUAUGGGUCAGCUCCUCAAGCGCGGAAGGUCACGGUGAAUCUUGAGCGGGCCACCGCAUUCGGUUGCCAGGCAUAUAUGGCCAAGGUGGAUGGACUGUCCAAGCUGGAUCCGGAAGUGAAAAAGAAGCUGAAAGACACGGACUUGCUUGCAGCACAGUCGAACGGCUACCGUCGGAUGUCGGCGAAUUUGUACAAGACCAAGAACAAGGACGAAUUCUUCCACAUUCAUGGCUCCCUCGAGGCUACGACGACGCUGAACAUGAUCGGGUUGGAAGGCCAUCGUCCGGACUUGACUGAUUACGAGGAGAUCAUCAAGGUCAUUGAGAGCCAUGUGCAGAAAUACACUGCCGCAGAAUUGGAGGAAAUGAACCAGGAGAGGAGACAGGCUGGUGUGACGGCGUUCAAGCACGAAGACUUCAUCAACACUCCCCAUGGCAAACUCAACGUCCAGGAGCCGCCAUGGAAGGUGACCCGCUUGAGCGGCGACUUGGCCCCCACACCUUUCCCUGCCAACCGCACCGGUAGCAAGAGAAUCCUCGAAGGUGUCAAGGUCCUGGAGCUGUGUCGUAUCAUUGCCGGCCCUACGGUGGCACGCAUUUUGGCCGAAUACGGUGCCGACGUUCUCAAGAUCACCAGCCCCAAGCUGUCGGAUGUUCCCUUCUUUCAGGUGGAUGGAAACAUGGGCAAGCAUGCUGCGGACUUGGACCUCAAGUCUGAGGAGGGGCGACGUCAAUUCGAAGAGCUCCUGGCCGACGCUGACGUUCUGGUGGACGGAUACCGUCCUGGAGCCCUCGAGAAGCUAGGAUACGGACCCGAGGCGCUUGCCGCACUGGCUGAGAAGCGUGGCAAGGGUAUUGUGGUAGUGAAUGAGAACUGCUUUGGGUACGAGGGGGAAUGGGCUGGUCGUCCGGGCUGGCAACAAAUCGCUGAUUGUGUAAGUGGUAUUGCAUGGGCCCAGGGCGAAUUUAUGGGGCUGUCCAGCCCGAUGGUUCCCCCAUUCCCCAUCUCUGAUUACGGUACCGGCUGCAUGGGAGCGAUUGCAGCAUUGACCGGCCUCUACCACCGCGCCAAGCAGGGCGGCUCCUACCACGGCAAAGCCUCGCUCUUGCAUUAUGACUUGCUUCUUUUCGCGGUGGGCAAGUACCCGGACGCGGUCCAAGAGCAGAUGCGCGCUGCGCAGCCCUCGGAGUUCUUCAAGCUGCGACACUGCGACAGCGUGGACCGGAUCUCCUCGACGGUGCUGAAGAUCAUGCAGGCUCGGUUUCCGCACCUCUACGCGGCUCCUGAGCAGGCGGGCGAGCAGGCACUCACCGAGACGUGGUACUCCAAGGCGUAUGGAGCAGAAAUUGAGAUUGUGCGGCCUAUUACGGAGAUCGAGGGCGUGGAGAACACGUUCAUCCGAGCCAGCCGGCCCAACGGCUCGGAUCGGGCAAGCUGGGAAGAUUUCGGCAAGCCAGAGGAGGAUUUCCGGAAGGUUUAGUCAUAGCUUCGCUUUCCAUGUACAUAUAUUUAGCUGUAUAGUGGCGGAGUAGAAGCUGGAAUCACCUCAAAACCAGUAGUCUGCCGCAUACAACCAGCAAAACAGGAUAUACAAUUAAAGAGAGC